AUGUUGGGAAAACAUAAGCAUGUAGUGUUGACAAUUAAGGACAAGCUUGACAUUAUUAAGAAACUUGAGGAAGGCAUCUCUUUCAAAAAACUUUCUGUGGUAUAUGGAAUCGAUGAAUCCACAGUUCGUGAUAUUAAAAAGAACAAAGAAAGGAUUAUAAACUAUGCAAACAGUUCAGAUCCUACUAGUGGAGUAUCCAAACGUAAAUCAAUGAAGUCAUCGACAUCCGAGGAGCUUGAUAGAGUUAUGAUAGAAUGGUUUAACCAACAAAAAACAAAUGGGAUUCCAGUAUCUGGAACGAUUUGUGCAAAACAAGCCAAGUUCUUUUUUGAUGCUCUGGGGGUGGAAGGUGAUUUUAAUGCAUCAUCUGGCUGGCUAACUCGAUUUAAGCAGUGCCAUGGUAUUCCAAAGGCUGCUGGUAAAGGAACAAAAUUAAAAGGAGAUGAAACUGCUGCCAAUGAAUUUUGUGAUAACUUUCAGGAAUUUGUUGAGAGAGAGAAUCUACAACCAGAGCAAAUUUAUGCUGCUGAUCAAACUGGCCUGUUCUGGAAAUGUCUACCAUCAAGGACGUUAUCUCUUGAAACUGAGCAAAGUAAUUCUGGGUAUAGGUUGAGCAGAGAGAGAAUCAUUAUUAUGUGUUGUGCAAAUGCCAUGGGUUUACAACUUAAUCUUUGUGUUGUGGGGAAAGCUAAAAAACCCUGUGCAUUUAAGGGAACUGACCUUUGAAACCUUCCUGUCACUUAUUUCAGUCAGAAUGGUGCAUGGAUAGAACAAUCUGUUUUCAGACAGUGGUUUAAAAAAUAUUUUGUGCCACAGGUACAGAAGCAUUUGAAAUCCCAGGGACUUCUAGAAAAAGCAGUGCUGCUUUUAGAUUUCCCCCCAGCACAUUCAAAUGAAGAUCUGUUGAGUUCAGAUGAUGGCAGAAUAAUUGUGAAAUAUUGGCCACCAAAUGUCACAAGUCUACUUCAACCUAUGAGCCAGGGAGUUCUAGCCACUGUAAAAAGAUACUACCAAGCAGGACUUUUCCAGAAAUAUGUGGAUGAAGGAAUUGACCCAAAAAUGUUUUGGAAGAACCUGACAGUGUUGGGUGCAAUUUAUGAAGUGUCAAGUGCUUGGAAAAUGGUAAAAUCAAGUACCAUAACCAGAGCAUGGAAGAAACUUUUCCCUGGCAGUGAUGAGAAUUCAGGCAUGAACAUUGAUGAAGGAGCCAUUUUAGCAGCUAAUUUAGCAACAGUUUUAUUGAAUACAGAAGACACUGGUCCAGGGAGGUCUUCGGAGGAUGAAUUAUUUUCAGAGUAA